AUGUUCUGUCUUCGCAGUUGGCUCCCUCUACUAUUCAUUCCAACCAACGCCUCCCCUCUUUUCAUCAUCUCCUUCAUCGCCCUCACCUAUAUCAUCCACCGACCAUGCAUCUACUGCUCCGCACUCCUCCUCAUCCUCUUCGUAUCAUCCUGCCACUGGUCCGACCGAUGCAUAUUCGAUCUGCGCAGUAACUGGUUCGCGCCGCGCUAUAGCUCCGCGCCUGCCGAGAGCUUCCUUUCAGGCAACGCCACCAUGGCGGCACCCUUGCCGGGCGACAGCCUGGCGGGCUUCGUCUUUGACACAUUCAACUCGACUGCAAAGGCAUUGGCCGGUGCGGCGCUAGAAAGCGCACAGCAAAAACUUGGUGUGGAAUCAAGGCCGGAAGAGUGGACGGGUGUGGGCUUGGAAUGGCUGCGAAGUCUGCUGGGACGCCGAGAAUGGACGCUCCCUUGUGUGGAUGUGAAGGUACGGUUAUAA